GGUAUAAACAACAGAAAUCAAAAUAAACUAAUAGAAGAAUUUCAUUAUUGGUGAUCGUUUUACAGAGGCUUGAAUAUUUUAUAAAAAAAUAACACACCAUGAAAGUGUGUGGUAUUUUCCCGCUAAUUUUUUGGAUAUUGAAAACAAAUAUUUGCGAUAGUUAUGUGAUGGAAACUCAUAGUACAUGGAGUGUUGUGGAUCGAAGACAGAUAUUAUCAGUAUCAGAAUCGAAUUCCCAAGAAUGCUCAACGUCUCCUGAUACAGAUUCCUCAUUUUGCCAAUCCUUAUCGAAUGGAUUUUAUAAAUAUCCCUAUGACUGCAGUGCCUAUAUAUCGUGCAAUGAUUCCUGCGCUGAUUUGGAGUACUGCCCCGGAGGCAAAGUUUUCAACAGUCCUUUGUUUAUUUGCGACACACCAGAAGCCGUCAUAUGCGAACCAUUGCCAUAUCCAACACCUCCAUCCACCGAAAUUCCCUCGGAAAAUCCUUGUAAUGCCAAAGAAAACAACACAUUUUUGCCCUCGUCUGAAGAUUGCAAUAAGUUUUUCUUGUGCGUGAAUCAUCAAAGUGAAGUUUAUCAGUGUCCCGGCGAAAUGCUUUUCAAUCCGGACCUAAAUAUAUGUGACUAUAAGGAUAAUGUGUUGUGCUACGGUGACCGUACUACUCAGGAUCCAUUGAAAUCCACUGCGGCAAGUGAGGAUUAUUUUACGAAGUGCGAGGGUCAAAAGUUAGGAACUUCUUUUCCGGACACUCAAAACUGUCAGCAAUACUACUACUGUUGGGGCAACGGCUCUUACGUAAUUCUUCCCUGCCCGGUUGACAAUUGGUUUAAUCCUAUCAGCGGCAAUUGCGGUCCUAAUAUUUCACCAGAAGCUUGUCGAGAAGUCGUACCGACUUCUACAACUCUUAUCACUACUACAGUUCUAACAACAGUUGGGCCGAAAUCAACGGAAAAUGUUGAAGAUAAUAUUUGUGCAGAUCAAGAAUUGGGUACCACAUUUCCUUUGAAAUCCGACUGCCAGUCGUAUCUUUUAUGCCUUAAUGGAGGUCAGUCGGUAACUGCAAAAUGUCCAACGAACGCCUGGUUUGAUCCACAAACUGGGGAUUGUGGGCCAAAUGUAUCGCCCACCGCGUGCUUAGAAUCGUUAGUAACUAGUACGAGUAUUCCAACAACACAGACUUCGAAUGAUCCUUGUGCCGAUCAAGAAUUGGGAGUGUCCUAUCCCCUGGUAACAAACUGUCAGCAGUAUAUUCUGUGCAUGGGAAACGGGGAGUCCGAGGUCGCCAAUUGUAUUUAUAAUGCCUGGUAUGAUCCGCAAACUGGAAUUUGUGGCCCCGACGUGGCUCCAACGGCAUGUAAGGAAAUUGCCGUCUCCACCGAAUCAACCACAACUCUAGCCACCUCUCCACUCACAACACCUUCCCCUACAACUCUAAUUACGUCGGAUCCAGAGGAAACAACCACUACCUCUCCAGAUAUUUCUGGUAUUUGCUCUGGGCAGAGAGAUGGUUAUUACGCUACGUAUCCCGAGGAUUGCAGCAAAUACAUUCUCUGUGCUAGUCCUGUUCCUAUAGCAUUCUACUGUCCAGAAGGCUUGUUUUUCAAUGAGAACCUUCAAAAAUGCGUAGAAUGGGAAUUAAGCGAUUGCUCUAACGAGGAGAUUACUACUAUAUCGCCAGAACAUACGACUCCAAGCCCCGAUUCUUCAAUCUGUUUUAAUAAUACUGACCAGAAUUUGCCGUACCAAGAAAAUUGCCAAUGGUAUAUUCACUGCGUAGACGACUCAUCGUACAUGAUGGCCAUAUGUGGCAGUGAGGAAUAUUUCGAUCCGUGGACUGGGGAAUGUGGUCUUGAUGUUUCACCAGAAGCUUGUCGAGAAAUCUUUACUCCAACUACAUCAGUUACAAAGACCACUGAAGGUUCAACAACGGUGAUUAUUCCAAGUACUCCAAGCACUCAAAGUCCAGAAACAGACCCUUGUGAUGGAGUUCCCAAUGGAAAACUAGUUUCAUAUCCGGAUGACUGUACAAAGUUCAUUCAAUGUGUCCAACCCACACCAAUCGUAUAUGACUGCAGGGAGGGUCAGGAGUUUAGUGCCUCUUUGGAGCGUUGUAUGGCUCCAUGGUAUGCAAAUUGUUCCAUUCCAGCUACAACGACCACAGCUACUCCUCCAAUAACAACAACAAUACCACCUACGGCUGACAGCUUUUGUACAGAUAAAAUUGAAGGUUCCAUGGUCCCGUAUCCGAGUAAUUGCAGCAAGUACAUAGUGUGCCAAGACCCCAUCCCAGUCGGUUAUGCUUGUCCUGAGGGUGAAGAGUUCAGUCCUUCUGUGCUGACCUGCAUGGAACCUUAUUUGGCCAACUGUAAUCCCAACGCCUGGCGAUUUUUUCCGGAUCAUAUGUUACCCUCGUCUAGCUCCGAAGAUUCGGGCUUUUCUUUUUGGCAGUCUUUUAAAACGAUUGCAAGUUUUGUAAUAGAUUUUUAAUGCAAAUUAUUUGAAUUGUAUGCUUUUAUAAUAUUUUAUGGUUAUUAAUAAAUUGUUGAACU